AAGAGGCACCAACAGUGGUCAGGCAAAGUUUUCCUGUUUCCCCGCGAGCGGAGCCGGGGGGUGUGCUUUGUGUUUGGGCGUCUGCGGAGCCCGGUCUGCAGGGACAGAGAGCAGGACAGCACCGCAGGCCCGCCCGGAAAGGAGAAGCCAUGCACCAGAGAGGGCGUAGAGGCAUGUAUAUAUCUAGGAGGGCAUUGAGACAGCAGUUUGAUCCCCGCACGUAUCCAAGAGAGGCAUACCUGCUGUGCAAGCUGCAGUGGGGUGCGAGGGGCAGGAAUUGGAUACACUGGGCCAGAAAUGAUGAAAUAAACGAUUACCAUGUGGAAAGGUACUUCCUGGAGCAAAUCUUUGAACCAAGAAACUACAGUUUCUGUGACAUGACCUGGUACCUGUCCUGGAGUCCCUGUGCGGGCUGCUGCGACAUAAUACAGGAUUUCCUGGAGGAGCAGCACAACGUGCACUUAGACAUCCACGUGGCACGGAUCUAUUACGCACACGUUCCGAGAAACCGCGCUGGCCUGAGGCAGCUUGCCCGGUACCCAGGAGUGAACAUUCAAACCAUGAAUGUUGAAGACUAUAAGUACUGCUGGGACACCUUUUUACAAAAAGAAGGCUAUUUUGAUUUCACGGCUCGAAGCUUUCAGUUGGAGAUAGAGAGGAGUCAUUCAACGCUGGAAGAGAUCAUUGCGGGUCUUCAUUUAUAGAAUCAAAGAAUAUCCCAAGUUGAAAGGGACCCAAAAGGAUCAUCAAGUCCAACUCCCUUCUCUUUGCAGGAUUACCUAAAAUUAACAACAUGACUGAAAUCAUCAUCCAUGUUAUAAACAGUUAUGGAGUAGUUGGCUUUCUCUGUAAUUUGUUUCUUUUAAUUACAAAAUUGUAAUAGUUUCUAGAUAAUUAGUAUAAGCUUUAAAUUACUUUUAAAUAUGGAAAAAUUUGUAAUUGCUUGUGGGCAGCAUAAAAGGGGAGGCAAGGCUUUCACAAGAUAUAAGUGGGCUUGUGAAAGGUGUAUUUUAAGAUACGAUUAUUGUUUCAUAAGUGAAGAAGAUCAUGAAGAAAGAGUAUAAAGCUUAAAAUGGCACCAGAAGACCAUCAGAAGACCACCCUAGACUACUGACAUCUGCAGCUAUUGAAUUGUGCAAACGCUGCAAAAAUCUGAGGCAAUAUUGUAGUCAAGGAGCCCAAAAUAAAUCUGCAAAAUCAUAUAUCAAUAUAAGAGCCUGCAGACAGAAGAAGUGGGUGUACGCUAUAACUAU